UCAUUUUCCACUCAACGUUUGUCGUGAUCGGUCGUGCGUGUUGGUUGCUCCGCUUGUGAAAAAACAGCAGUGAGAAAAAAGAGUCAUUGUGAAAUUGCAGCAAGGAAAAGCAACGGAAGCCGAUUGCCAGUGGAAAAAAUCAUGUCUGAUACGGUGGAAAAGAGGAAGCUCUCGGAGCUGCGUGUAGUGGACUUGAAGCAGGAACUGGAAAAACGCGGCAAGGACGGAAACGGAGUGAAAAAUGUGCUGCUCGAGCGAUUGACUCAGGCGUUGAAAGACGAAAAGUUGGAUCCGGAAACGCACGAGUUCGAAGUCGUCGCCACGGGAAAAACUCCGGCCAAAAAGGGAAAGCCUACCAAGGCAGAAGAAGAGACCGCAGAAGCAGAUGGUGCCGCUACCUCGGAAGGCGACUUGAACAUGGACGAUAUGGUGAUUCAGGAUGAGUGCAAUGAAGACGAACCGGCCGCAGUCGAAGAGGCCAAGAAGCCGGAGGAGGCCAAAAAGGAGGAAAAGAAGGAAGAACCAAAGAAAGUGGAAAAGGUAGAGGUUGCAAAUGGUGAAGCAGCCAAGGCUACUGAAACUGAUAAGAGCAGCAGCAAGGAGGAAACCAAGGACGCGGACAAUGAAGAUUCGCUCAAUUUGACGAUUGGCGAAGAAGACGAGAAGCUGCUUCACGACGACAGUAGUAACAUCGAGAGCGAGAAGAAAGGUGCUGAAUCCGGAAAGAGCUCGGAUGCCAAAAAAGUCGAUGCCUCGGAGGAAAGCAAGAAGGCUGAGAAGACCGACUCUUCCAGCGAGAAAACGGCGGGCACCGCAAAGGACGAGAAAGAGAGCGCUGGAAAGUCCUCGUCAACGUCAGCCAAGUCGGGCUCAUCCAGCGACUCCAAGACAAAGUCGUCACCCAGUUCGAGUGACAAGACGGCUACCGUGUCCCGGAACCUGUGGGUUUCCGGUCUAUCGUCGCUCACUCGGGCAACGGAUUUGAAGCUGAUCUUCUCCAAGUACGGCAAAGUGAUUGGCGCAAAGGUGGUGACCAAUACUCGUACACCGGGAACUCGUUGCUAUGGCUAUGUGACGAUGGCAUCGGCCAAGGACGCAACGGAGUGCAUCACCCAUUUGCACCGAACCGAAUUGCACGGACGAAUGAUUUCAGUGGAGAGAGCAAAAUCUGAUCUAGGUCCAGCGAAGCCUACAACCGCAAACAGCACCAGCACUGAUAAAAAGACGGAAUCGGCCAAGACGACCGGAGCGGAAGGUGGUGGGGAUAGUGGCAAAGAUAAAGACAACAAAGACAAGACCGAGAAGAAGGAUGAUAACGAUAACCGAUCCCGUAACAGCAAAGAACGUGCCAGGUCGGUCAACAGGAGUCGGUCCCAGCACCGCAGCCGUUCUCAAUACCGAGGCAGAUCCGCGGAAAAAGAUGCCAAGCCGAAGGACGACAAGAAGAAAGAUGACACCCAAAAGGGAGCUGAAGUCAAAGAGGGUGCAGCAGCUGUGGCGCGCAAGGACGGAGAUCGUCGCGACAAUCGGAACAACGAUCGCAGAGAUAACCGCAACCGGGAUCGUGAGGUCCUAUCGCUACAGAAGAUUCGCGAAGAGCGCGAGCGCCAGCGGCUACGCGAGAAGGAACGUCAACUACGGGAAGAGGAACGACGCCGCCGGGAGAUGCGCCAGCGCCAACGGGAGGAGGAACAACUGCUGCGACGUGAGCGGGAGAAGCUGGCCAUCGAACGGGCUCGUAUUGAGAAGGAAAAGGCCGAACUGUUGCGCAUCGAACGCGAACGCCAGAAGCUGGAGCGGGAGAAGAUCGAACUGGAACGUCUGGAGCUGAAGCGUCAGCAAAGGAAAAUUGAAGAGGCGAAACGGAACUUGAAACGCCCGGCCACAACGGAUCACUACGACGAUGACCGAAAACGUGCAGCCGGAUCGGACCGUCGUUUCGAAGCACCUCCACCACCGUCGAUCUCCUCCGCAGGUCGCGGUUCCUACGGAUCGUCGGACAAGAAACGUAUAGAUGACUACAAGUCACGUGACGAUUACAAGUCGCGCCCGGUUGAUGAUUACCGGCGAGGAGACACCUAUAAGCGCAACGGAGGUGGAGUUAUGGAUCGCGAUAUGGAUCGGCCAUCGAUGACAACCAUGGAUAGCCGUUACCCUGACAGUCGCUCCGGUGGCGGCGGCGGUGGUGACUACCGUGGAAGUGGCAAUCCCCGGGAUGAUCGCGAUCGCAACGGAUCGGCACCCAAGUCUCGGUAUAUGGAUCCAAUUGACCAACGCUAUCAGGAUCGGUCUAGCAGCAGCGGCGGCGGCGGUGGCAACAGUGGUCCUUGGAAUGCAGGGCCACCACAGAUGACCCUGAUCCCAGCCGGGAUGAGCAGCAGCGAAUGGCGGAUGGAUAACAACCAGGAUCGGUACGAUCGAACCUACAACGAGCGCAAAGCUCCACAGAUGAGUGCCAGCCCCUUCAUGGAUCCCUCGAGGCAGAAUCAGUUCAUGGGAGGUAGUGGCAGCGGAGGACGUCCACAGGACCGUUAUGGAGCUCCCGUUUCCAAUCGGUUCGACAAUGGACGGUACUAGGACGGGAUAAGUAGCGAUACACCGCUCUUUGGUGUAUAUUGGAAUUCCUAGCAUUACAUAUUCAAGUAUGAAUGACAUCGUUGAAGCACAGUUCAAGAUAGGCUUAUGUAAAAGAUACACAUAAAGCAUUGGUUAGUGGAGUUGCACUAAUCUCAGCUACAUAUAUAGGCAUAGCUGUAACGAGACAAAUCCCGAUGUGUACCUUCCUUGAUUCCUUAUCCGUGCAUCCCAUUUUUCCUACUGACCUAGAUGUGUGAUCAUUCGGUGUAAGAAUCAUCUCUGUAGUAGUCAUUAUUGAGUAUUAGCUCGUAAGUAAUUUAAACAGGAUUCAAUAAAGGAAACCGAUAGAAGAAA